AUGGCCAAUACAAAAACAGCAAGUGUAACGGCAACAGCGUCAGCAAGUACAACAGCUAUUGGCGGCAGCGAGCAACAAUUCUGUAUGCAAUUAAAUGCUUCAGAAUUAACGGCGAUCAUAAUGAAAGGUUCACCCAAUUCCAACGAUCGCGAUGCUGGCUUCUGCUCCGGCAGUUCUGAGGGCGGCGACGAUCUCGACCGCAUGGAGCAUGCGCGCCUCGAAAGCAGCAGCAGUCCUACCAGCCCCACCGAUGCGACAACAGAGCCCUCCGAGGAUUCCGUUGAAGUCAAAGUCACGCCAAUUGCGCUCGUGCGCAAUAAACGUAAAAGUUCGGAACCCUCUAAGGUGGUUGAUGCAAGCGCGACGUCUGUUGCGACGGGCGCGCAUGUGCCUGCACUCGCCACGGCGCCAUUGAAGAAACGUAUACGUUAUACCUCGACGACAGAUUCGGCAGUGGUGUUGACUCCGCCAGCGCUUGCGACACCGCCACUACCGCACGGCAUCUGGGAUCCUAGUCAAGUAUUACCUCAUGAAUUGAUGCCAAAUCCAGCGCAGGUGUUCGUGCGACAUCCGGGCGUCACGACACUGCACCGCAUACCAGCCGCCACCGUCGAAGAGCAAUUGGAGCCGCUAGCGCUAGUUGCCAAGAAACCGACCCCCUCAACUAGUGUUAAGGUUGACUGCGAGCAAGCGCAUACAUAUGCGCACGCGCCCACCAAGUGCACGCCUGCCAGCGAAGGGUCGGCGCCGUCCGUUUAUGUGCCGAAGAAGCAACAGGCAACCGCAAAUAGUCAACUAAAGUUUCAUGUCAACAGCGAGUCCGUACCGCUGGCGUUAACGACGAGCGCGCAUCACUUGAACGUUGCGCGGGAUGAGCAUGCGCAGCAACAACAUGCAAGCGCUAAUGGCAGCGCGUUGCAAUACAAUAAACCCGGCAGCGCAGCGGAUGAGACGCCCAGCGGUAGCGGCGGCAGUAUUGGUAGUGGCAGCGCGCGUCCGCAACAACGUAACUAUAAGAAUAUGACACGCGAAAGACGUAUCGAGGCGAAUGCGCGCGAACGCACGCGCGUGCAUACCAUUUCCGCGGCAUAUGAGACGCUGCGACGCGCUGUGCCUUCCUAUUCGAAUGCGCAGAAACUGUCAAAGCUUUCGGUGCUGCGCAUCGCUUGUUCCUACAUUUUGACAUUGAGCCGCAUGGCUGGUGAGGAUUACAGCGCUGAUGGUUCCGAGCCAUCGCUGGCCGAUUGCUUCGAUGCGGUCACCGAAACCAUACAGACUGAGGGCAAGAUCAGAAAGAAAAAGGACGAAUAGGCGCUAAGCGGGGAUAAAGUGAAAGCUAGUUAGCAAGCAGGUUUCAAUAGUGCGUUUAGCACAUAAGACUUUAUUUUUAGACUUGCUGAUUUUCCUACUGAGCAAUUAAGUAAAUCAAUAAAUUAAAAAAAAAAAUAAAUAUUGUGACUGAAGCUUUUAAGCACUGGCGCUUAAAUGCGUACGAAGCUUUUGCGUGUGCGAAGUGAAAGCUCAACUGUGUGAGCAAGUGUAAUAAAGCUUUAAAAGCGUUGAUAUGGCUUACAAAAAACGAUCAGUUAAUACUAGUAUGGCAUGCGAACGACGAAAGCUCGCAUGAAAGCUCAAUCGAUUUGAUAUUAACUAAGUAAUAAUUAUUUUGAUAAGUGCGUGAUGUGAUGAGUCUUUCGGCAAUAAGAAAUUGUAUAAAAAAGAGGUUAAACAUUUAAGAAAAUUUUUGUAAUUUUAUUUGUAUGGAGAAAGCGCAAAGCAGAGUGAUGUAGGAGAGAGAGAAAGAGAGAGUUGUUUGUCGAAAAACAUAAACAUGAUAAAAAAAUAAAAGGAAAAACAAAAACAGUACAAAAAUUUAGCGGUAAACUAAAGUAAGCGAAAAGCGCGCAAUAUUAGGUGCGGCAUAACGGUUUUGAGUCUUCGUGCAAAAAACAAAUAUUAAAAAAAUUAAAAAAAAAAUGUAAAAAAAAAAUAAUAAAAAUUAUUUUAAUUCUUAAAUUUCAUUUUAUGUAAUAAUGACUAGUAAUUUGAAUAGAAUCUGCAACAUUUUUUAAUAAAUAAAGUACCGUUAAAAAGGCGUUUCGCUUGCUUCUUAGGAAAACAUGAAUAAAAUCGCUCAAUUACCGCCAAGACAAUAAUUGUAAAUUAAUGGUAAAUAAUCGAAACACAAAUCAUAAUAAUUUUAAACAAUUUUACAACAACAAGAACACAUUCGAGUGACAAUAACUAUAUUAUAAAAAUUAUA